GCGCAUCUUCGAGUUUGCACAUUUUAGUUUUAAAGUCGAACCGUGAAGAGCGGGUCACGUUGGCGAAUUUAGCAAAGUUGGACAACGUUUGGUUGUGUUGUCUGCCGGUGCUGGGAUCUGUGCGGGGCACUAAGGCCAAAGGGCCGACACCCGUGCCAUGGGGCCGGGAAUCGCGUUUUAUAUUUUGGCAUCGCUAGUGCUAGCCAUAGCUAGUGAAGCGCCGCCAACGAAGAAUAAUACCCAAAUAGCCAAUGAAGGCAACUCAGAAAAGGAGACACAGCCGGCAGAAUCUUCGGCACGGGCUGGAAGACAAUUCGGCUACGGCGACGCAAAGGAUAUCGUCAUCGACAUUCAAGAUGACGAGAAGAACCAAUACUAUGAAACCAAUUAUGACACAAACGCAUAUGGUUUCGGUUAUGACGUGGGUCCCAACGGCCAGUUCCAUCAUGAGACCCGCGGGCCCGACGGCGUGACAUACGGUUGCUACGGUUACGUAGACCCUGACGGAUACCUCCGAGCUACACACUAUGUAGCCGACAGCCACGGUUACCGGGUCGUCGAGCCAAACAAACCCGUCGAAGUGUACCCGGAUGAAAAAUACGAGUACGACGAAACAACAUCAAACCAGCCGACUGAAAAGGUUCCAGGGCAGAUAAUACCCUGGGAGAAGCUAUAUUUCCCCAAGGGUUGCGGUCGCACCCCUGGCGGCGUCCCUCCCAAGCCGCCGCCGAGACCCACGCGGCCACCGCGCCCACCGACUGACAGCAGCGGUCAGAACACGAACCCCAGCCCUGGAGUCGUUGCACCUGGUCAAGGUGGUGCUGGAGGAGCUGGUGGUGGACCAGGAGGCCCAGGCGGCCCGAAUGGCCCUAAUGGACCAGGUGGACCAAAUGGCCCUUACGGACCUGGCGGACCAGGUGGACCAAAUGGCCCUAACGGACCUGGAGGCCCAGGUGGGCCAAAUGGACCUGGAGGACCGAAUGGACCCGGUGGACCGAAUGGACCAUGGCAAGGAGGUUACUAUCCCGGUACACCAGGCACACCUGGAUCUCCAGGUAGUCCUGGAUCACCAGGCAGCCCAGGUGGCCCAGGUGGACCCGGCGGACCCGGUAGCCCUGGAGGACCAGGUGGCCCUAAUGGACCUAAUGGACCAUCUCAAGGCGGCUACUACCCAGGUUCACCAGGCAGUCCUGGCUCCCCGGGCAGUCCAGGUUCACCAGGAGGCCCAGGGGGUCCCGGUGGCCCAGGCGGUCCUGGCAGCGGAGGAUACCCAGGUUAUUACCCCGGCUCAGGAGCCAGCCCAGGCUCGCCUGGGACACCAGGCAGUCCAGGCUCGCCCGGCACGCCAGGUUCCCCUGGCACUCCAGGCCAACCGGGAUACUACCCUGGAGGUCCAGGAGGACCAGCAGGCCCGCCCGGCUCCGGCAGUCACUACCCCGGACAACCCGGCUCACCAGGAUCCCCGGGCACGCCCGGAUCACCCGGUGGCCCAGGAGGCCCCGGUGGCCCUGGAGGACCCGGUGGCCCCGGUGGCCCAGGUGGGCCCGGCGGUCCACCAGGGUCUUACUACCCCGGUCAACCAGGCACAGGCCAGCCUGGAAAACCUGGCGCCCCAGCACAUCCUGGACAGCCCGGAUACCCCGGACAACCCGGACAACCCGGCACCCCAGGACAACCCGGCACCCCAGGACAACCCGGCACCCCAGGACAACCAGGACAGCCCGGAUAUCCAGGACAACCCGGACAGCCCGGUCACCCAGGACAACCCGGCACCCCAGGACAACCAGGACAGCCCGGAUAUCCAGGACAACCCGGACAGCCCGGUCACCCAGGACAACCCGGCACCCCAGGACAACCAGGACAGCCCGGAUAUCCAGGACAACCCGGACAGCCCGGUCACCCAGGACAACCCGGCACCCCAGGACAACCAGGACAGCCCGGAUAUCCAGGACAACCCGGACAGCCCGGUCACCCAGGACAACCCGGCACCUCAGGACAACCAGGACAGCCCGGAUAUCCAGGACAACCCGGACAGCCCGGUCACCCAGGACAACCCGGCACCCCAGGACAACCAGGACAGCCCGGAUAUCCAGGACAACCCGGACAGCCCGGUCACCCAGGACAACCCGGCACCCCAGGACAACCAGGACAGCCCGGAUAUCCAGGACAACCCGGACAGCCCGGUCACCCAGGACAACCCGGCACCCCAGGACAACCAGGACAGCCCGGAUAUCCAGGACAACCCGGACAGCCCGGUCACCCAGGACAACCCGGCACCCCAGGACAACCAGGACAGCCCGGAUAUCCAGGACAACCCGGACAGCCCGGUCACCCAGGACAACCCGGCACCCCAGGACAACCAGGACAGCCCGGAUAUCCAGGACAACCCGGACAGCCCGGAUAUCCAGGACAACCCGGACAGCCCGGACAACCCGGUACCCCAGGACAACCAGGACAGCCCGGAUAUCCAGGACAACCCGGACAACCUGGACAACCAGGACAGCCCGGAUAUCCAGGACAACCCGGACAGCCCGGAUAUCCAGGACAACCCGGACAGCCCGGUCACCCAGGACAACCCGGCACCCCAGGACAACCAGGACAGCCCGGAUAUCCAGGACAACCCGGACAGCCCGGAUAUCCAGGACAACCCGGACAGCCCGGUCACCCAGGACAACCCGGUACCCCAGGACAACCAGGACAGCCCGGAUAUCCAGGACAACCCGGACAGCCCGGUCACCCAGGACAACCCGGCACCCCAGGACAACCAGGCCAGCCCGGAUAUCCAGGACAACCCGGACAGCCCGGUCACCCAGGACAACCCGGCACCCCAGGACAACCAGGACAGCCCGGAUAUCCAGGACAACCCGGACAGCCCGGUCACCCAGGACAACCCGGACAACCCGGACAGCCCGGUCACCCAGGACAACCCGGCACCCCAGGACAACCAGGACAGCCCGGAUAUCCAGGACAACCCGGACAACCUGGACAACCCGGACAGCCCGGUCACCCAGGACAACCCGGGCAGCCCGGUCACCCAGGACAACCCGGACAACCUGGUCACCCGGGACAACCAGGACAACCUGGACAACAAGGAGGACCAGGACAACCCGGACAGCCCGGUCACCCAGGACAACCCGGCACCCCAGGACAACCAGGACAGCCCGGAUAUCCAGGACAACCCGGACAGCCCGGUCACCCAGGACAACCCGGUACCCCAGGACAACCAGGACAGCCCGGAUAUCCCGGACAACCCGGACAGCCCGGUCACCCAGGACAACCCGGUACCCCAGGACAACCAGGACAGCCCGGAUAUCCAGGACAACCCGGACAGCCCGGUCACCCAGGACAACCCGGUACCCCAGGACAACCAGGACAGCCUGGAUAUCCAGGACAACCCGGACAGCCCGUUCACCCAGGACAACCCGGCACCCCAGGACAACCAGGACAGCCCGGAUAUCCCGAACAACCCGGACAGCCCGGUCACCCAGGACAACCCGGUACCCCAGGACAACCAGGACAGCCCGGAUAUCCAGGACAACCCGGACAGCCCGGUCACCCAGGACAACCCGGUACCCCAGGACAACCAGGACAGCCUGGAUAUCCAGGACAACCCGGACAGCCCGUUCACCCAGGACAACCCGGCACCCCAGGACAACCAGGACAGCCCGGAUAUCCCGAACAACCCGGACAGCCCGGUCACCCAGGACAACCCGGUCAACAGGGAGGACCAGGACAACCCGGUCAACCUGGCUACCCAGGGCAGCCCGGACAGCCAGGUGGACCUAGUCAACCAGGACAACCUGGCCAGCCUGGACAACCAGGACAACCCGGCUACCCAGGACAACCAGGACAACCCGGCUACCCAGGACAGCCAGGACAACCAGGACAACCCGGUCAACCAGGCCAGCCAGGACAACCCGCCCACCCAGGCCAGCCAGGACAACCCGGCCAACCAGGCCAUCCAGGACAACCCGGCCAACCCGGUCAACCCGGAUAUCCAGGACAGCCAGGACAACCCGGUCAACCAGGCCACCCAGGACAACCUGGGCAACCCGGCUACCCAGGACAGCCAGGUGGCCCUAGCCAACCAGGACAGCAGGGUACUCCAGUCAAACCAGGGCAAUCCGGUCAACCCGGACAGCCAGGGCAACAAGGACAACCCGGCCACCCUGGUCAACCAGGGCACCCAGGACAACCCGGCCAGCCCGGUCAACCAGGGCACCCAGGACAACCUGGCCAGCCUGGUCAACCUGGACAACAAGGUGGCCCUAGUCAACCAGGACAGCCAGGUACUCCAGGAAAACCAGGAUACCCAGGACAACCUGGACAACCCGGCCAGCCUGGUCAACCAGGAUACCCAGGACAACCCGGCCAGCCUGGUCAACCUGGACAACAAGGUGGCCCUAGUCAACCAGGACAGCCAGGUACUCCAGGAAAACCAGGAUACCCAGGACAACCUGGUCAACCCGGCCAGCCCGGACAACCAGGAUACCCAGGACAACCCGGCCAGCCUGGUCAACCAGGAUACCCAGGACAACCCGGCCAGCCUGGUCAACCAGGAUACCCAGGACAACCCGGCCAGCCUGGUCAACCUGGACAACAAGGUGGCCCUAAUCAACCUGGACAGCCAGGUACUCCAGGAAAACCAGGUUACCCAGGACAAACUGGUCAACCCGGCCAGCCCGGACAACCAGGAUACCCAGGACAACCCGGCCAGCCCGGUCAACCAGGAUACCCAGGACAACCCGGUCAACCUGCUCAACCAGGAUAUCCAGGACAACCCGGCCAACCUGGUCAACCUGGACAGCAAGGUGGCCCCGGACAACCCGGUUACCCAGGACAACCAGGACAGCCCGGACAGCCUGGACAACCCGGUUACCCAGGACAACCAGGACAGCCCGGACAGCCUGGACAACCCGGCUACCCAGGACAACCAGGACAGCCCGGACAGCCUGGACAACCCGGCUACCCAGGACAACCAGGACAGCCCGGACAGCCUGGACAACCCGGCUACCCAGGACAACCAGGACAGCCCGGACAGCCUGGACAACCCGGCUACCCAGGACAACCAGGACAGCCCGGACAGCCUGGACAACCCGGCUACCCAGGACAACCAGGACAGCCCGGACAGCCUGGACAACCCGGCUACCCAGGACAACCAGGACAGCCCGGACAGCCUGGACAACCCGGCUACCCAGGACAACCAGGACAGCCUAGCAAACCAGGCCAGCCAGGUGGCCCUAGUCAAACCGGACAACCAGGCCAGUCUGGCAAACCAGGACAGCCUGGUUACCCAGGACAACCCGGUCAACCCGGACAACCUGGACAGCCUGGACAACAAGGAGGCCCCGGUCAACCCGGUUACCCAGGGCAACCUGGUCAACCAGGACAACCUGGUUACCCAGGACAACCCGGACAACCUGGACAGCCCGGACAACAAGGAGGCCCCGGUCAACCCGGUUACCCAGGGCAACCUGGUCAACCAGGACAGCCAGGUUACCCAGGACAACCCGGACAACCUGGACAGCCCGGACAACAAGGAGGCCCCGGUCAACCCGGUUACCCAGGGCAACCUGGUCAACCAGGACAGCCUGGUUACCCAGGACAACCCGGACAACCUGGACAGCCCGGACAACAAGGAGGCCCCGGUCAACCCGGUUACCCAGGGCAACCUGGUCAACCAGGACAGCCUGGUUACCCAGGACAACCCGGACAACCUGGACAGCCCGGACAACAAGGAGGCCCCGGUCAACCUGGAUAUCCAGGUCAGCCUGGCCAGCCUGGCCAACAAGGAGGCCCCGGACAACCCGGUUACCCAGGGCAACCCGGAUACCCAGGUGGUGGUCAACCUUCUCAACCUGGAUACCCAAGCCAGCCAGGACAACCAGGUGGUCCGAAUCAACCAGGUCAGCCAGGUCAACCUGGGCAACCCGGACAACCAGGUCAACCCGGACAACCAGGUGGUGGGGAUUCAGUCGGCGCUCCUUCAGGCACUGGAGUACAGCCGCCAAAUUACGUUCCUCCUUCUAGUCAAAUGCCUCCUUUCCCCAUCUACGUCAUACCCUACCCACUUCCUAUCGUCCCAAGCCCUGGCUCUUGUCCAUGCUAUCUCGUGAAUCCUGGAAAUAAUGACACCACGACUCAAGUACAGGGAGGUCAAAGCCCAGCCAAUGCAGGGCCAACGUAUGCUCCGUAUGGUAUUAUCGGUUUUGUGCCAGUAGUUUUCGUACCAUACUGUCCAGGAAAUGGAUCCGGCAUGAACAUGGCACAACAGAACUUCCCCAGCGCCGUCCCUGUACCAUACAAUUGUGCUCAGUGUCAAGCAAACAACAGAGAUGUAUACCGUUACCUAAACAGAUGGAAUGGAGCGCGCAGUGCUAGUUUCAAUAAUUUGAAAGAAAUCAGCUCACUGUCCGAGCUAGAAGAUCUCCUGAAAAAUCAAAUUAAACCGAUGAAGAAAAGCUUACGCAGAAUAGCGGUUCACCCUAGAAUUUUGGACGACAAAACGAACGAUAAAGCGAUGAUCAAGUCGCAGAAAUAAAGUCAGGUCGGUAGAUUGCUGAUUUUGGGAUUGACUGAUAAAAAUAAACUUCUUGGACGGUCCCAAAAUCGAUCGAUCUAGAUAUUUGUGUCGUACUUAUUUAUUGUUUUUGAAUUAGUUAGUGAUAUUUUAGUUUAUUGUAUGUAAUGAGCAAAAACACAACAGUAUGUAAUAUUUACAAAAAUAUGAUAGGAGAUUAAACGUGUAUACGAAAGAAUAUUUCUGAACUAGAUCUUGCUAUGUGAAAAAGAAUUGUGUUUCCAUUAAAAUAAAAAUCAAAGAAAUUA